CGCAGGAAGUGCACCUUCGACAUGUUCAGCUUCCUGGCGUCCCAGCACCGCGCCCUCCCCCAGGGACCCCCGCCCCGCGAGGAGGAGGAGGACGAGGUGCAGCUGAAGCCCACCCGCUCGGCCAUCCACGGGAGGGGCUUGUUCUGCAAGAGGAACAUCGAGGCCGGGGAGAUGGUGAUAGAAUAUUCCGGAAUCGUUGUGCGCUCCGUGCUCACCGACAAGCGGGAGAAGUUCUACGACAGCAAGGGCAUCGGCUGCUACAUGUUCCGCAUCGACGACUCCGAGGUGGUGGACGCCACCAUGCACGGCAGCGCCGCGCGCUUCAUCAACCACUCGUGCGAGCCCAACUGCUACUCGCGCGUCAUCCACGUGGAGGGCCACAAGCGCAUCGUCAUCUUCGCGCUGCGCCGCAUCCUGCGCGGCGAGGAGCUCACCUACGACUACAAGUUCCCCAUCGAGGAGCCGGCGGCCAAGCUGCCCUGCAACUGCGGCGCCCGGCGCUGCCGGCGCUUCCUCAACUGAGCCGGGGAGGGGCUCCGGGGGGUCCCCGGGGGUGCUGGGAUGGAGGUGUGGGAGGAUGGAGAGGUUCUGGAGGUGGUUGGAGGCGACUGGGAGUUGGCGGGGUGGUUUGGAGAAGGUUGUGGAGGUGUUGUGGUCAACCAAGAGAGGUGGUGGUCGACCGGGAACCAUGGGGGUCAAUCAAGAGCCAUAAGGGGUCAAUCAAGAGUCAUGGAGGUCAACCAAGGGUUGUGGUGGUCAACCGAGAAUCAUGGUGGUCGACUAAGAGCCAUAGGGGUCAACCAAGGAUCAUGGUGGUCAACUGAGAAUCAUGGUGGUCAAUCAAGAGCCAUAAGGGGUCAGUCAAGAGUCAUGGAGGUCAACCAAGAGUUGUGGUGGCCAACCAAGAGUGCUGGAAGUCAACCAAGAGUCAUGGAGGUCAACCAAGAGUUUUGGUGGUCAAUCAGGAGCCAUAGGGGUCAACCAAGAAUCAUGGCAGUCAACCAAGAGUUGUGAUGGUCAACCAGGAGUUGUGGUGGUGAACACAGGGUUGUGUGGUCAACCAAGACUCAUGGCGGUCAACCAAGAGCCAUAGGGGUCAACCAAGAAUCAUGGCAGUCAACCAAGAGUCAUGGAGGUCAACUAAGAAUCGUGGUGAUCAACCAAGAGUCGCGGUGGUCAACCAGGAAUCAUGGUGGUCAACCAAGACUCCGGCAGGUCAGCCAAGGAUCCUGGUCAUCAACCAAAAGUUGUGGUGGUCAACCAGGAAUCAUGGUGGUCAACCAAGAGUUGUGGUGGCCAACCAAGGAUCAUGGCAGUAACCAAGAGUUGUGG